ACAUCUCACAUCAUUUCCCCACUUCUUAUCACCACGAUGGAGCUUUUGUUGCAGAGUUCCACUUCAUCCACACCCCUCUACAACUCCAGCGUGCCGUUAAACACUUCGGGGAAUACCAGCAUUGACCGGUUCAUGGAAAUAAACCUCAUUGAAAUCCUCGGACCGAAACGAUCUCCAUUUUUCUUCCCUGUGACUACAAUUUAUCUUCUAAUCUUUCUCACUGGCUUGUCAGGAAAUCUGCUCACAUGUGCGGUGAUAGCAAAGCACAAGAAGAUGCGAAACCCCACCAACUUUUACCUCGUGAGCCUGGCUGUGUCGGACCUCCUUGUGCUCAUGUUUGGGAUGCCCUUGGAGAUUUAUGACCUGUGGGAGAACUACCCGUUCCGCUUCGGUGAGGGAGGUUGCUAUUUCAAGACGUUCCUCUUUGAGACAGUCUGCUUUGCCUCCAUCCUCAACGUCACUGCUUUGAGUGUGGAGAGGUACAUUGCUGUUGUGCAUCCCCUCAAAACGCGAUAUCUGUCGACCAACCAGCAUGCCAAGCGGGUAAUCACAGUUGUGUGGGUAGUGUCUAUGAUCUGUGCGAUCCCUAACACGUCGCUGCAUGGCAUCUUCUACUUGCCAGAGAGACUGGAGGAGUCGGCCAUAUGUACUGUUAUCAAACCCGUGUGGAUCUAUAACUUAUUGAUGCAAAUCACAACUGUGUCCUUCUAUUUUGUGCCCAUGAUGAUUAUUAGCAUGUUGUACUUUGUGAUGGGCAUCCACUUGGGCAAGGAAAGGCGUCAAUUCAGGAGGAAUCUGGGGAAGAACUGCUGCAGCAGCACCAGAAGAAAGAUCAGCGCUGAGAGCGGGCGCAGGAGACAAAUCACCAAGAUGCUCUCGUGUUAA